GGAAGUACAGAGAGCACUUGUGAUUGCGCAGGAGAAAAAGAUGCAGCUUCGCGCACAGCAAGGGCCUUAAGUGACGCAUCUAGGCUGUGCUCUUCCGCUGCUAACAGUCCCGCUUGUUUCGCGAGCUGCAUUUGAGAAAGCGCUGUCAAGUGACUGAGAUAAGAGCGUGCUGUUUCUGAGUCUUGCACAGCGAGAGAAGAGAGCAGCACCUCCAUAGCUUCCGAAGCUAGUCUAUCUAGAGCAUGCGUGGUGGGUGGUCGUGAUGGUUGCGGUCGAAUCUGAAAUUCAAACCGACAAAGACAACAUCUAUACACAUACGGCGAAAGGCGACAUGCUCAGAUGCUUCAGAGCGAGGCUGCCCAGAUUAGCGCAUCCGGGCUGUCGAUAUAAAUCAACAUCGCCCUUUCCAGCACCUGAUAAGGUCACGACAUUGGCCAAUGGUCUCCGCGUGGCGACCGAACCAGUACCCGGGCAUUUUUCUGCUGUUGGCGUAUUUGUUGAGGCAGGUUCUAGAUUUGAGCAUACGCCGGCGCUCUCUGGCGUCAGUCACAUCGUCGACCGGCUUGCCUUCAAGUCAACAAAGUCUCGUUCGCAGAUGGACAUGAUUCAAGCGCUUGAAUCGCUUGGCGGGACACAAAUGUGUUCGUCUUCUCGAGAGGCCUUGAUGUACACAGCGAGUGUCUUCAAUCAGGACGUUGAGACGAUGACGGAACUGCUGGCGGAUACAAUACGGAAUCCCCUCAUUACUGAAGAAGAAGUACAAGCUCAGUGCGAAACAGCUGAGUAUGAAAUCAACGAGAUUUGGCAAAAGCCGGAAAUGAUUCUACCAGAGUUACUGCAUGGUGCCGCGUACAAAGGAACCCUUGGUAAUCCGCUUUUGUGCCCGGAAGAACGUCUACCGUACAUGACGCGGCAAAGCGUGCUCGACUAUCGAGCACAGUUCUUUGUUCCGGAACGCAUCGUCGUUGGGUUCGUUGGUGUUCAACAUGACGAAGCUGUGCGUCUUGCAGACAAGUAUUUGGGCAGUAUGCAGCCAGGCAAGCCGAUCAAGACGCCUGCAGCACAGUACACGGGUGGAAGUACCUUCUUGCCAUCAUCAAGCAUCCCGAAUGAGCCAUGGACACACUUGCACAUUGCGUAUGAAGCGCCGAGUCUGCAAUCCAAAGAUAUCUAUGCGCUUGCCACACUGCAAAUACUGCUUGGUGGCGGUGGGUCCUUCAGUGCAGGUGGUCCUGGUAAGGGUAUGUACUCGCGGCUUUACCUGAACGUCCUCAACCAAUAUGGUUGGAUUGAAUCAUGCCAAGCCUUCAAUCACACCUAUCGUGAUUCUGGACUCUUCGGUAUCUGUGCGUCGUCUCGUCCGGAUUCAAGCUAUGCUAUGGCUGGUGUGAUUGCCAAAGAGCUCGCAUCGCUCUAUGAUACUGGUUCUCGCGGGAUUGGUAAGAUUGAAGCACAACGUGCCAAGAACCAGCUUCGUUCAUCACUCCUCAUGAAUCUCGAGAGCAAGAUGAUUUGUCUUGAGGAUCUUGGCAGGCAGGUACAGUCGCUCGGUGUACGGUUAUCGGCUGAAGAGAUGUGCCACCACAUUGAAGUCUUGACGGUAGGUGACUUGCAAGCACUGGCGUAUCGCAUGCUGUCUGCAGAGAUUGGGUCACGCCCGAGUGUCGUUGCUGCCGGGCAAGGAGUUGAGAGGAUUGGAGAUAUCUAUGGUCAAUUACGUCGGCAUGGGCUUCAGCAUGCGCACUAGAAAUCUCUUGCAUAGCAUAAAUGAAAGCAUAGUAGCAUUAGUAGAUGCGUUCAAACGGUCUUGUAUCUUGGAAGCAAGAGUCA